UAUAAAUAGGAAGCUGUUUUAGAAUUUUCAGCUCAUUUCAAGUUUUUCUUUUGUGCGUUUUGCGUGUGUUUUCCAAGUGAUAUGUUCCGUCUGCUGGUGAUUGCUGCCUGCCUGGCCAUCAGUGUCCACGCCUAUUCCGAGGGUGCUCCAAAGGCCGCUUGCCGGGAUCUGACGCCCCAGCACGGUGCCAAGUUGCAGACAGACAAGCCCCCCUACAGCAUCACUGGCCCACCCCAUGUGCGUGGUGAUCAGAAGCUGACCCUUACCCUGGGUGGCGAUGAGUUCCUUGGCUUCAUGAUCCAAGCACGCGAUGGCCAGAACCGUGUCGUCGGUCAGUUCCAGGUGGUGGACCCUAAGCACUCGCAGACUUUGGAAUGCUCUGGCAAGGAUGACACCCUCACCCACUUGAAGGCCACCAAGGGCAGUCCGUUGACCAGCGUCACCUUCGAUUGGAUUCCCCCAGCUGGCUACAAGGGCAAUGUCAAGUUCAUGGCCACCGUAGUGCAGACCGGAUUUGUUUACUGGGUGGGUCGCGUCACCAAGGACGUCGAUGUGGAGUAGACGGAUGUGUUCCCAGUGAUUGUGAUAGAAAUAUUCAUGAUUUGUCUAAAAACCCUACAAGUCGAUAUUUACCGUUAAUGUUCCGAUUAGCUUUGGAGCGUAGUAUUUUUGAAAAUAAAGUCAAAAAAUUAUCGUUGAUGAAA